UGAGUUACCAGUUCGUGUAUUGGCAUCACAAGGUCGCGGCGUGACAGUGGUAUAGUGGGUACCUAAUACCACAUCAGUCAGGAGCCACACGAGAGCAAGGAAGCAAGAUCACUUCUCGUUCAUACUCAGAAAAUAUCCCCUUCUCUGCUUAGGAUGCUGACCCGCCUGACGCGCCAAGUGCAGGACGUCGCAGCCUGUGGUCGGCGCCUCACGAGAACCUUUACUUCGUCAUACCCUAAGCCCUACGUCGUCCCCGAGGGCAAUGCAGGAAGAAAUAGGGCAGCGCGCUUGGAACUGGCAGCAGCUUACCGAGGCCUAGAGCUCUUAGGCCUAAACGAGGGCGUCUCGAACCACCUGAGUGCCAUGGCUCCUCGACAGAGCGGCGAAGGAGAGGUCAUGCUCGUGUUUCGCGAAGGACUCCACUGGAAGGAGGUGACAGCGAGCAACCUGCUGGGCCUCGACAUGUCAGCGAAGACGGUGGAGGGAGAAGGGUCACCUGACGUCACGGCUUCGAGCAUCCACCUGGCUGUGCACCAGAAGCGGCCGGACAUCAGGGUCGUGAUGCACACACACCAGCCUUAUGUCUCCGCCCUUGCCGCGCUCGAAGACUGCGAGCUGCGAAUGGUCCACCAGAACUCCAUAAGGUUUUGGAACCGAGUGGCUUACGACGUCGAGUACGGUGGCGUGGCCUUUUCUUUCGAGGAGGGAGAGAGGCUCGCGAAGGUCCUAGGAGACAAGGACGUGCUGAUCAUGGGAAAUCAUGGCGUCAUGGUGGUCGCUCCUACCAUUUCCAUGGCCUUCGAGAUGCUGUACUUCCUCGAACGCGCAGCUAUGGUGCAGGUGAUGGCCUUUUCCACCCAGCGCCCUUUAAAAGAAAUUCCCGAAGAAGUGAUUAAGUCCGUAGCCCCCGAGUACAUGAAACGCGCGCAGAACUAUGCAGACACUCUCUACUACGCCGUCUUCCGCGAACUCCAACGAACGCAGCCGGAUUUCGAGAAGUAGUUUGACGGGGGAGAAAAGGGCAGAGCGAAGAUAGGAAGAGGUGGAGGAAGAUAGAAGAAAUGGAAGCAAUGAUAGAAAUGAAGAUGAAGAAUAUCUGGAAGACUGCAAGAGACAGAGGAAACGAAUACAAGGAGAUAGAGUAGAUUUUUGUACCUGGUGUUUUGAAGCAGAAAUCUCUCGGUUACUGAAAUAAGGCUAUUAAAAAAUUCCAUAAAUUCA